AGUUUUGGCAUUCUGCCAGGCCCUGACGCUCGAGACCCUACCCGCCCACCCUCGGGAACGUCACGCUAUCGCGCUCCCGCCCAGGUGGAUUCACUGGCCUACUAAUAUCAAGGCUCUUCCCGCCCUGCCGCCGAUCUCCAUCCGUUUUAACCACCAACCCCCCCCUCCCCAGCCUCGACCUUCAGUGCUGGGGCCCUUGGACUGAAAAGCCGCGCAGGUCCCUCGGUUCUUUGCAUGACUUUUUCAGUCCUGUUCUGUUAAAGUGUUCAACCUGGCAGUUGAGCAUCGGAGACGUAGAAUAUUAAUCGAGAGGCCGUAGAGCUUCCAGCUUCUGCCCAUAUCACACCCGCCUACCCAGGCAGGCUUUUAUCGUCGACAGUCGAGCACGCUUCUUACAUCAACCUGGCGCAUGCCACGGGUUUUCGUAGUAUGGCAGACGAUCAGCAAGGAGGAAGAGGGUAUCCGCCACGAGAUCAUCAGGAGAAUUCACAGUAUCCAUCACCUCCCGAAGUAGACGACGACAGAGCACGGCAAUACCCGCCGCCCGCGGCACCAGGCGCCAUGACUCUACCCUCGCUGCAGUAUUCGCCCCCAGCUCCGGGAUAUACGCCAGACCCGCGAUAUCCUGACCCGCGUUACUCAACUGACCCGCGCUACGCACAGGACCAGAGGGGCGGCUGGUCCUCGGAGUCCCCAACGAACGCGAAUGGAUAUCCCCCACCUCACCCGGACCCGCGCUUUCAGCUAGCUCCCGUUGUCCCUGCGCAUCCGCCUCAUCUUGCCCACCCCGCCCACCUGGACCGAAGACAGUACGACGAGCGCCGCCAGCACGACGAACGGAGGCAGUUUGACGAGAGGAGGCAGUAUGGUGACCAGUACUACCAGGCACAAGGCCCCCCGCCUCAAGGUAGGGCUGGAUCGUAUGGAAACGACGGGUACCCCUACCGGUAUUCGCCGCCAGCAGGCUAUCCCUAUGGGAACGCGCCACCACAACAGCCACAGCCGCCGCAACAGCAAGCUGCGCCAAGACAAAGGACGUCGAUUGCUUGCCGGUAUUGCAGGAAGAGAAAGAUCCGAUGCAGCGGGUAUGCUAAUACUCCCAAUGGUAAAUGCACGAACUGUGAUAAGCUGCGGAUCGAGUGUGUUUUUCAGCCCGUCUCAUCGAAUUCGUCUACCGCGUUCGUUCCUGUAUCAGCAGUCCCAGGAGGGGUACCGCCGGGAACGCCGCUCUAUGGCGCCUAUGGCCAGCCUCUGCCUCCGUCAGCUGGUCAGGCACCGCAGCCGAGAGGCUAUCCGCCAUCUUCGUCUGACUACCCGCCUCCCCUGCAUUCGCCUACAAGUCGCUACCCCCCGCCUCCGUACGACGAUAGGGAUCGGGAUCCGGGGCGUCGUAGAACUCGGCCUUCAGAUGAGGGCCACGGCCUACGCCUUCCGCCUCCAAACUAUCCCCCAGAUGAAGAUCCCCGCCGGCGCUCCCCUGUUUCCAACGAAGGCAACGGCACCCCUCCAAACUCAUACCACCAGUACCAAGCUGGAUAUGAAGACAGAACCCCUACACCUCGGCAUAGCCCUGGAGGUCCUCUUCCUUCUGGGCCGACACAGGCGGCAGCUCCUGCCCCCCCUCCGCAACAGCAACAGUCACCCUCUCAGUCUCAGUCACCGCAGCAGCCACAAACACAGCCCCAGUUUCCGACGACUUCUAAUCCGAUGAGUUUGAACCACCUCAUGGGCGGACCGACCGGCCCUGGCGCCCCGGAAUCUCGGGACCGCGGAUCCGCUAGCGAAAUUGAUCGGAAUAUGCUUGGACGGCUUAACAGGCGAUCGUAGGGGGACUGCCAGGUCGGUUUCAAUACGAUCGCUGGAGGAGCCGGGUUUAAUGGGCCUCAUACCUGCUGAAGACUCGAUCUGUUACUCAACCCCUCAGUCACCACAUUUGGCGGAGUGGUUCUUAAUCACAACACAAGCUGCACUAGAUGACUUUUAUAUUUCUUUACAUAAUUCCAGCUUUUGCCUAUGCUGGUAUCGGCGUCGCGCAGCCGCCCGUCUUCGACUUUUCUUGCUAAUGCCGUUA